AUGGUAGCACUGUGCCAUGUCAACUGGGCUGAUAAUCCACUUUAUUAUUAUUUAGUUUAAAAAAGCUGUUAAGGACGUAAUUCACGUAUUAUUUUCUUUUAGUAAUUAUUUUCAGUGAUAAUUUAUUGAUGUUUAAUGUUAAAUGUUGUGUACUGACAUCGUUUCAAAAUUUGAAGUAGGGAAACGAAAAUUUUGCUAUCAGCCGCUGCAACUACAAAUAUUAACAAGUUUUCUAUAGAAGUUCGUACAACAAAGUUAACGUCGGUAACUGGUGUUGUGUGUGCCACGUUAGUAUUCUAUAUGCAUAGAAUGCAUCAUUUAUUAUUGAAGGUUGAAUAAAAUAUUGAAGAGGACUCCUGCUACAACACCAUCAGGAUCCACUUCAAUGGAAUAUUGGCAAUGAUUAUUCUCAUUAGUACCUGUAUUUUCAGCUGAUCACGAAAAAAAAAACAUGUGUUGGUAGCAUGCAGAUGAAAUGCAUAGAUCCUAGCCAUAAAGGAGGAGUCUUUUGAGGUGACCUGAAGGGGGGAAUGCCCAGCAGGAGGAAGGCGGACUGACGCGGAAGCAUGGCGAGCAUGAUCUCGGACGUGGACAUGCACCCGGACAUCCAGGAGGUGGAGGUGGAGGCCAUCCCGGUGGAGAUCCCGUGCGAGACGGUGGAGACGACGCUGGGAGACGACGACGACGACGACUGCGACGACGACGGCCGGGCCAUGAUGUCGCUGCACGCGCUGCCCGAGCCCGGCGCGGAGGAGAUCAUCCUGCAGACGCAGGAGGAGGUGGUGGGUUCCGGGGACCCGCUGUGCGCCUACGACCAGGUGCCCGUGCCGUCGGACGGCGAGGCCUACGGCAGCCCCGGCCCGUCGCGGAAGGGCGCCCGCAAGGGCCGGCGCGGGGUGAGGGUCCGGGGCAGCGAGCACCUGCUGGCGGGGGGAGACGCCCACGAGUCCCGCGGCCGCAAGUGGGAGCAGAAGCAGGUGCAGAUAAAGACGCUGGAGGGGGAGUUCUCCGUGACGAUGUGGGCGUCGGGGACGGACGACGACGAGGGCAGCAACCCCGACCAGGACCCGGACUACGAGGAGUACAUGUCCGGGAGGCUGCCCCCCGACGGGAUCCCGGGCCUGGACCUCAGCGACCCCAAGCAGCUGGCCGAGUUCGCCCGGCCGGGCCACAAGAUGAAGGUGAGGAAGCAGUUCGGGGACGGGGCGGACCGCACCAUUGCCUGCCCGCACAAGGGCUGCGCCAAGAUGUUCCGCGACAACUCGGCGAUGCGCAAGCACCUGCACACGCACGGGCCCCGCGUCCACGUGUGCGCCGAGUGCGGCAAGGCGUUCGUCGAGAGCUCCAAGCUGAAGCGCCACCAGCUAGUGCACACGGGCGAGAAGCCCUUCCAGUGCACCUUCGAGGGCUGCGGCAAGCGCUUCUCGCUCGACUUCAACCUGCGCACGCACGUGCGCAUCCACACGGGCGACCGCCCCUACGUCUGCCCCUUCGACGGCUGCAACAAGAAGUUCGCGCAGUCCACCAACCUCAAGUCGCACAUCCUGACGCACGCCAAGGCGAAGUCGCGCGGCGCGACGGGGGGAGCCCGGUCCGUGCCGACCAUCCACGCCGAGCCCUUGCAGGCCCAGCAGUACGUGCAGGUAGAGGUCUCCGAUGCCGACAGCCAGCAGUUCAUCGUGUACACCGACUGAAGCACCGUUCCCGGUCCCUGUGGUCGGAUGGGUGUUGCGAAGUUAUCCGUUCUUUCCUGUACCUUUUUCCAGAGUGCGUGUGCUGCUGCGGUAGAGUCAACUUUUUUAUCGUUCCGUACAUUGGAACUUUAUAAUGUUCUAGGUUUUAAAAAGUGGAUGCUGGCAGAAAAGCAAUAACUCGACUUAACGUACACGGGGGUCCAGUUGUAAUCCGGCGAAGGAACUAAGCUUCUCUACCAGACAUGGUGGAUUGGAGAGUGGAUUCCUGAAGGUAAUCAAAGUUUUACGAGUUGACUCAGUUUACUUUCUUUUUUUUUUUUUUUUACGUUCUGGUACCUCCCGUGCGAUUCCUAGCUUGAACGGGCUUGAAAUGAACUGUGGCAAGUGAAGUGUGAUCGAAUUGAAGUCGGAACAAAAUUGUGAUCAUCAGUCUCAUGAUUCAGUGUGUCUCGCUGGAGUAUGUAUGAAUACAUAUAUGUAGAUUUUGUCCGCAUAGUGAUUUUUGCUGUUACAAUUUUUUUUCACGCUAUAUAAUUUUGUAAUUGUUUGGUCCACAUGAGAAUUUUUUUCCCUCUGUACAUGUUUCAUUACACAGUUUUCUGCAUCGUAACUGAACUCUUUUUAAACAUAGUUUUAUUCCAUGCACACGCCAUUGAAAAUAAUCUAGAUGCUAUUUUAUUUGCCUAGAUUAUGAAAUUUGUGUGUUAAUUUUUUUUUGUUAAUGGAAGAUUGAUUGAAUAUUUGUACAAAAUAUAUGGUGACUUUGUCACCAUACUUGUAAUGUGGUAAGCUCUGAAGCAAUAGUUACAUUUAGUUUUCAUAUCUUAUUGAAUUGUGUGGAUUAUUUUUACAAGUAACUCCAGAAUUGGGGGGGGGGGGGGGGGGAAGAAUGUUAUAAUAUGACAGUUGGCUAUCAUUGUUUACAGUAAUUCUUCAGCUAUCUAUAUUAUAAAAACUUAUACAGCUCAGCAUGUGUGACGUGGAAACAUAUUUGGUUGCUCAUAACAGAUCAAAUACAUAGCAUAGAUGAUUUAAUAUAUGUGCAGGUUUUUUUUUUUAAAUAUCAGUUUGAUAUCUUGUCAUUAUUGAGUGGUUUUUUGAUGUUCAAAGCGAUAUCUUGUGUUUGCGUUCCAGUGUCUGAGUGACUUUGAGUAGGUGCAAGAGUCCAUUGAUGGACGCUAUGGACGGUGGGCUGGUUGCGAGAUUAACCUUAUUUUUCCUACAUGUGCCUAUGAGAUUGGUUCUGAUGACGAAAGAGUCUGCGAGGUGCAUAGUGGCUAGUGUCUAGUGACAGAAUCGUGCUUUCCCAAAAUGCAUUCAUGGUAUAAAAAAAAAAAACGUACAGAGAAAUCUCAACUUUUGAAGAUUGUUGAUAGGGUAAGAAUAUUGUCAGUCGACUGUGCCAGAGGAUAGUGUUUGUAGUCAAGCAGAAUGAAUGUGUGUUGAAGUGUACCCUAGUUUUGUAUGUAUUAAAAGCAGUAAGCGAACAUUUUAGAAGUAGGUGCUUAUUGGUUCUGACCCUUUUUUUUUUUUAAUUCUUAUUCUUUGGACGAAUAGCACAGAUUUGUAGUAGCGUUGUAGAAGCCAUAAUUUUUUUUGUGUGCUUGGAACUAUGUGCACUUCAGGUACAGUUAUUGAGUUUUGAUAAACUGUGCACCAAAACUUCCUCCUUCAACUUAAAACAAAAAUUUUCUUUGUGAAAAUCUCAUUAACAUGUUUUCUUCCAUCUUUGUCAACAGUGAACCAUGAAAGCAAUGCCAGUGAAUAAAAUUACAAAAGAUUGAUCAUA